AUGAUGCUGCCCCCCCUCACACUUGGCAGGGUCCAGACACCAAGGGGUCCAGUCUACAGGGUCCGCAGACUGAGGGGUCCAGGUCUACAGGAUCCAGAGACCAAGGGGUCCGGUCUACAGAGGUCCGGUCAACAGGGUCCAGACCUGUUUGGGUCAUGUGGUUCCCUUUCAAACAGUGUCUUCAUGGCGAUGUCUAGCGCCCCGCUGAGGCUGGAGGAGUUCCCCCAGCAACUGCCCGUGCCCACAGUCCCCCCCAGAGGAAAGAGUCGGUCACGUCGCCCUCGAGCCGCGCGGUUCAAGACUCAGCCUGUGACCUUUGCUGAGAUCGCUGAGGUGGAGGAGGAAGGGGCCAGCGCUGUUGACGAGGAGCGGGCCAGAAGGUCCUUUCUGCAGAGUAUGGAGAAUCUGAGGAAGAGCACGCAGAGUCUGUACCUCUGCCCCGCAGACCGACACAAACUGGACCGGCCCAGUGCAGUACAGGACCGCGGGACACAGACUGCCAACAUGGACUCCAGCGACUCAGACUCUACGCACUGA